AUGCCUGGAAUUAACAUCAACGACACGGGUGCCAGCAUGAACGGUACCAUGAAUGGACUGAAUAGAACUCCAGCAGUCAAGACUAAAGGUCCAGCGGCGGUAGAGGUGACACCAGCCAGGUUGCAGAAGCUAUCAGAUCCGAGUCUCUUCAUCUCCGAUGCCUUUAUCGAUGGCAGAUGGGAGCAAAAAGAUUCAACAUUUAACGUGGUUGUUGCGACAAUACUCUGCCUUGAGAACGGCAAGACAUUUGCGGAGGCAGAAGGAGAGAUCUUGUAUGCCGCAAGCUUCACAUCAUGGUUUGCAGAAGAGGCAACACGGUCCUAUGGAGACACAAUUCCGUCGUCGACAGCGAAUACCACUGUCAUGACUGUCAUGCAGCCCAUUGGAGUCUGCGGCAUCAUCACUCCAUGGAACUUCCCAGCCGCUAUGAUCACGCGAAAGGUCGGGCCUGCCCUUGCAGCGGGUUGUGCCUGCGUGAUUAAGCCACCUAGCGAGACGCCGCAUACAUACCUCGCUCUGACGAAGCUUGCCAUCGAAGUCGGUAUCGAUGGUAACUCAGCUGCAAUGGAGCUUGUCGAAAACCCCCUAGUCAAGAAGAUUAGCUUCACAGGCAGCACGCCUGUGGGUAAACUCCUAAGUCGUGCCGCUGCUGGAACGAUAAAGAAGAUGAGUUUAGAGCUUGGUGGCAAUGCCCCUUUUAUUAUCUUUGACGAUGCAGACCUCGCUCUCGCGGUGGAUGGAGUAAUGCUUUCAAAGUUCCGCUGCUUUGGUCAAACAUGUGUCUGCGCGAACCGAAUCCUCGUACAAGAGAAUGUGAUAGAAGAGUUCACCGACCAUCUUGUGGCGAAAGUUCGAGCGCUAAAGAUGGCAUGCGGGUUCGACGAAGACGUGACGCAGGGCCCACUCGUCAACCGCGCGGCGACCGAUAAGGUGGCAGCACACGUCAAAGACGCAGUCGAGCGAGGCGCCAAAGUUUACAUUAGCGGCUCGGCCCCUUUAAAUGGCGGCUUCUUCUUCGAACCCACUGUGAUGACUGGCGUCACAUCAGAAAUGCUCGUUGCCAAAGACGAGACUUUCGGCCCGCUAGCCCCUAUUUUCUCAUUUAAAACCGAGGAUGAGGCCGUCGCUAUAUCCAACGACACCGAAUUUAGUCUAGCUGGCUACUUCUUUAGUUAA